CUGGCAGCUGGUUGAGAGAACUAUGGAUCGACACAAGAUCCCCCACACCAAAGAAUUGGAAUUUGGGGGUGUUCUAGGGGCUGCCUGCCUUCUCAUCCUAUUGCCUGCCACCGUCUUUGUCCUGCUCCUGACAUGCAAGACAGAGCAUGCCAGCUUCUUGAGCUUCCCUUUGCCUUUGCCCACGCUCCGCUCCCUGUGGAACCCCCAGGACUUUGUGCUGGUCUUAGCCUGGGUUGGGCUGCAGGCUCUGCUGUAUAUGCUGCCUCUGGGGAAGGUCACAGAAGGGACUGUUCUUCGAGACAAGAGCCGGCUCUCUUACCGUAUUAAUGGGAUCCAUGCCAUGUGGAUCACAGCAUUGUUGGUGGGAGUCGGCAUGGCUGCAGGGUUGCGCCUCAGUUACAUAUACGACCAUUUACUACAACUCACCUUCUCUGCAUCUGUUCUUGCUUUUGGACUAAGCAUCCUUCUUUAUCUCAAAGCCCUCCUUGCCCCCGGGACAGCGCUGGCUCCAGGUGGGAAUUCAGGAAACCCCAUUUAUGACUUCUUCAUAGGCCACGAGUUGAAUCCACGCAUCGGUAACUUUGACCUUAAGUUUUUCUGUGAGCUUCGCCCGGGUCUCCUUGGAUGGGCCCUGAUCAACAUGGGUAUGUUGGUGAAGGAGACAGAGCUGAGGGGGAAUCCUUCCUUGGCCAUGAUUCUUGUGAAUGCUUUCCAGCUUCUCUAUGUAGUGGACGCCUUUUGGAAUGAGGAGGCCAUCCUCACCACCAUGGACAUAGUUCAUGAAGGUUUCGGCUUCAUGCUAGCUUAUGGGGACCUGGCUUGGGUGCCCUUUCUGUACAGUCUGCAGUCCUAUUUCCUGGUCACUCAUCCGCAGAAACUCAGCCUGCCUAUAGCUGGAGGCAUCAUCCUGCUGAAUGGCCUUGGCUAUUCUAUCUUCCGCAGCGCUAACUCCCAGAAGAACACUUUCCGACGGAAUCCCGCUGACCCCAAAGUAGCUGGACUCAAAACCAUCCCCACAGCCACUGGCCGGCGUCUGCUGGUGUCAGGGUGGUGGGGAUUUGUGCGGCAUCCCAAUUAUUUGGGGGAUCUCAUCAUGGCUUUUGCUUGGUCCCUGCCCUGCGGCAUCGCCCACAUCCUGCCUUAUUUCUAUGUCCUCUACUUUACCAUGCUUCUGGUCCACCGGGAAGCCAGGGACGAGCACCAGUGCCUGAGGAAGUACGGCUUGGCCUGGCAGGAGUACUGCCGCCGAGUCCCUUACCGGAUCUUUCCAUACCUCUACUGAGUUGCUGCUUGGCUGGUUAUCCCUUUAAUCACACACACAUCCAUCAUCUCCCUUUUGUGGGGCUAUAAGGAAGCUCACAUCAAAACAACUUGGUUGGCCAAGACGAAGGAAUGCUGCUGUCUCCGCAGGGUCUCACAGCAGCUGCACAGAACCCCUGCCGGUUUGUUUCCAGAUAUCUGAGCAUUGACAUUUUCCAGCCAAGGAAUGAAAGACCAUUGCCUUCAUAGCAACAUGGGUGAUUUCUCCCAUGGAAAAAUCCACUUGGUUCCCAGUCAGACAUUGUGAGGCUACAUUCACCUGGAAAUUACCAUUUUUUAAAAACCAAACCUGAAUAUGUACAGGACUGGGUGGACCCUGUGCUCAUAACAAAAUAUUCUAACCUUACAAAGAAACACAUUCUAUGACUGGAAUUAAUGCAAACGUGUUAGGUUUUUUUAUAUUAUUGGGUCUGCUUCUGGAACCGAAGGACAGGGUAAAGGAACUCUACUGAAGUAUUUGUAACACUACAAGUCCUCUCUGUCUUGUAAGACUUCAGAAAGUAUCAGUUUGCAAGUUCCGAAACCAGAAGGAAACUUUUUUAAAAAUCAAAAAAAGAAAACAACGCUUUCUAGGAUGCAGUUUCUGCAGCCUGCACCAGUCAAGCUGUGUAGAAGACAAAGCACUGUCGCUAAGAAACACAAAGUGUUGUGAAUCUAAUUUAAGAAAGUUAAAACCAUCUAGGAAAGUUAAAACUCUCUAACAGCUCUUGAAAUAUGUACAUUAAGUUUCCAAUGAGAAAGGAAAAUCACUGAAAAAGCUGGAUCUUCAGUUCUUGCGGGGACUGGAUUUUAGCUUCUAACUAGCAUCAGUUUUGAUAUUGCAGCUAGAGUUUGGCUAUAAUAAAGGAGCUUUUGAA